UUCGCCGGUACAGCUGAAGACCAACAACGCUAACAGCCUGUGAUCCGCCAACUUUGAAGAUUGAUAAUUAAACCCUCUUUCACUGCAUGAAUACGAGCUCAAAGCCAAAAUGAUUUUCGUGGUUUACCUCGUCGUGUGCUUCUUUUCAACAUCCGUCAAAGGCCAGAUUGAAGGUGUUCGUCUCUUUGAUGGUGAAAAACUAGGAGAAGGAAGGGUGGAGGUUUUCUACCAAGGAGCAUGGGGGACUGUUUGUGAUGACGAUUGGGAUAUCAACGAUGCUAACGUCGUCUGUCAAUCCCUCGGUCUCGGAAAUGCAUUAGACGCGUUUUCGGAAGCUAGAUUUGGCGAAGGCACUGGGAGCAUCGUCCUGGAUGAAGUCUCCUGUACUGGAACCGAAGCAGAAAUCUCCGACUGUGGCAAUGCUGGUCUUGGAGUCCACGACUGUGCACAUUGGGAAGAUGCAGGAGUCAGAUGUCAGAAAUCCGUACGUUUGGUAGAUGGAGGCGAUGAUCCGAACGGAGGAAGGGUUGAGGUCUAUUACAAUGGAGCAUGGGGGACUGUCUGCGAGGACUGGUGGGAUGUUCUCGAUGCCCAAGUCGUUUGCCGAAGUCUUGGAUAUGACGACGGACAAGCAGAAGAAGGGGGUGUGUUCCCACCAGGAUCCGGGGAGAUCAUCGUGGAUGACGCGUUAUGUCACGGAACUGAAAGCGAUCUUCGUGACUGCCACAUGAAUAAUGGAGACAUUGGCAACCACAACUGCGUGCAUACUCAAGAUGCUGGGGUCAGAUGUAGCUAUGAUGACAAUUAAGAUCACUGAUGCUGGAAGAUGGAGUUGAUUGUUGAAGUAAUUCGAUGGAGUUUGCUGAUACUUUUCUGCAUCUACCUACUCUUCCUCAUCACUUCAAGUUUAUGGAUGACCAGGGACUAAAGAUAUAUUGCAUGUUCUGAGUUGGUAUUGUAAAGUAAAAUAUAAUCAUUGAAAGAGAAUAUGGCGCUGCUUUUAUAUUGAUAGUGGAAUCGAGAUU